UGUAUUUCAAUGAUAAUACAACACGUAGAAUAAAAUAGUUUAUUGUAAUUCACAGAAGAAAAAAAAAAAAACAAGACAUUUUCACGAUGCCUGAAAACUCACUGUUCUGUAUCAGGUUAACAAUAGCUGUGUGAUUACACUCUUUUUCCUGUUCGGGAUCAACGGAAACGCGCGCGCGAGACGCGCGCGUUUGUGUAUCAUGAACGUAGAACGUCGAGUGGGAACGAGAAGGAGAGAGUCGAGUCAGAGUCGAGUUCUCGCGCGAAGGAAUCGACCGAUUGCGACAACGAUGCCAAAAUUACUGGGAUCGAGUCGCUCGUGUCGCUGGACGAGGUACAGUGUUGUCACGCUUCGCCCGACGUUUCGGAUACGAAGAAAAACGGGGAAGGGGGGGCUAAGUUUUUCAGAGAGAAGCGAAUGCUCGGAGAGAGGCAGAGCCGAUGGCUCGACGCGACCCACGCCGACUCAGAGAUCGUGCCUCGUGAAAUACAGAGACGCGGCGAGGAAAAGCGCGGAAAGUUCCACCACGAUCCAAUCCUCGGUUUCGAACGUUGACCGUGCCACGGUGGUUGUUAUCGACGAAUCGGACCGUAAAGCCGCGUCGAACGAUCAUCCUGAUCACUGCGACGACCACCAUGUGAACCACAACAACAAGGACGCGGAGAAUGAGAACGACAAUGACAACAACAUUCAUCGACAAGAUUGGUUGGAAGCCGGUGUUCACUAUUCGUCCACGCAGAUUAGAUUGUCCGGGGAAGAUGGCGACGUCAUCGAUGGAAAUCGAGUCAAUGGAUUCGAUCGUUGCGAAAACGAGAAAUUCGGGGACUUUAAUGUUCCAAGGUAG